AGACGACCUCCACCCUAUCCUCCUUCAACACCAAGUCCGUCUGCGGUCGCCUCGCGACGUCUACCUACGUUCAUCAUGCCCGACUUUGACUUCGAGGCCGCGAAGAGGAGCUUGACGGGCUACAUCAAUCUGUUCAACGACCACACAGCGGACGCGGGUGAUGGUUCGCCGCCCUGGACAAUCUUUCUGUACGCUGCUGAUCGAGUUCACAGUGUAGCCCAGAACUUGCACAAACACUUGGAAGAAUGCCGCACUGAGUUUGACCAAGUCAAGUCGCAUCGUGAAGAAAUUGCCGCCCGAGAGCGAGCCGUGGAGCAACAAGAGGCAAAGGCUCAGCAAGCCCUUCAGCAGGCUGAGGACAAGGACCGGGAGACCCAGGAAAAGCUCAAUCAACUAGCCGAGAACCGCCGCCAGCAUCAGGAUCACGAGUUACAGCUCAACACCAGACAGAUGGAGCUUGAUGGCCAGAAAGAGCAGCAGGGAAGAGAGCUUCAGGCACUCAACGAGGAAAAGGCUGCCGUGACGCGAGAGAAACAAGAUGUCGCUCGCAACCAGAACACGUUGGAGGAGCUACGAAAGGAGAUCGAAAAUCGCGUGCGGGGAGAGAUCAGACUAGACGAGCAACACGCGGACUUCCAGCGCGUCCUUGAGAAGCAGCUCCCAUCAGUCCUCGAGCAGCAACUCACGCCAGCUCUUCAGAAGCUGAACGACGUGUCGGCGCAAGUCCAAGCAAUCGCAGGACUCGUCAACGGAACCGAACACUUACACGACCGUCUAGAGUCCGCCCAGAAUAUGGCCACACAAACCACAUCAAUCAUCGAGCAGCAGCUCGCAACAGCCGUCGAAAAGUUGCAUGGUGUCAAAAAACGUCUACAGUCGGUUCAACCAUCGUCAGUCACCGAGCAGCAGCUCGAGCAGAAGCUCGCACCAACCCUCGAGCGUCUGGACAAUGUCUCCGCGCAGCUUGAAGGCAUUCAAGACGUUGUCGAGGGAACCGGUGCAUCGAUCGAGAACACCACUCGAAUGAUGGAAGAGGAGCACGAUCGUAUGAUCAUGGCGUUGCGAGCCGAGAUCGUGACCGCCGUGUAUUCAGGAGAGGAAGUGCGAGAGCUCAGAGAGGCGCUCGACGAUAUUCGCAAGGUGCCCGAGGAGGUUCAGUUUGUCAAGACGAUUUUGACAAGCGACAUCCAAAGUCUCAACAGCCAAGUCGCCAACCUGCGAAAGCGCAAUACUGAAUUGACCCUCUGUCUUGAGGCGUACUGCAACACAGGCGGAAGUCAAGAGGGUUUAGCCAACCGUCGCUGGUUGGCUAUGAUCAACCAACUCAGACGACAACUGGUGGGCGUCCAUGUGUCAUCGAACCAAGGCUGUAACUUUCGUACCAUCUUGUACCACAUAUCCCAGGCGGUACAGAACCAAAUCACGGAUGAAAACCUGGAGAUUUUCCGAGUUGCCUCCAGAUGGAAUAAGUGGUACUGCUGGGAGGAUGUGAUGAGGCGGGGGCAGGACGCCGCUAUUAUUAAAGAAACGUGCAGUCUGCACCCGGAUGGCGCUUGUUUCCAGGUCAAGCGGAUGGAACAGGGAUUCUCUGACACGUUGGUUUUCCGUGGCCAGAACCUUGAGCUCUGA